ACAUAAAUUAAAAUAGAGAGAAUAUUUUUAAAAAAAAAGGAAAAAGAGUUUAAAUUUUUCUGUGGAACCUAACCUUGAAGUUUUUAUUAAGGGGGGUUGUGUGUGACUCUUCAACAAUAUCUGGCAAAGCUGAUGAAAAGCUGAAAGUUAGAAAAGCUAAAAGAAAGCUGAUGAUAACCGAAAGAAAGAAAAGCAAAGAAGAAAAGAGCCUUUUUAUUAUUUUCCUCUAUGGUGUUAUCUGUAUCUCCUCUUCUUCAUCUGCCAUCUUCUCUUUUCUCCAUAGUUUUUCAUGUUGUAGUUAAUUAACCUCUUUUCUUUUUCCCUUCCAAAAACCUAAGAUAAAUACACCCGCUGAAUUUCCAUAUCCAAAAAUUAGAAAUAGUUAGCAGUAACCAAGAAUUAUCCAUUGAUCAGUCAUGUUAAGCAAUAACAACCCCUCUUCUUCGUCCGACCCGUUUAAUUCCUCAGAAAAUGCAAAUAAUGCUAGUAGAAGAAAAAGAAGGCCAGCAGGGACCCCAGAUCCGGAUGCUGAAGUGGUAUCACUCUCACCGAAGACGUUAUUAGAGUCGGAUCGAUACGUAUGCGAGAUCUGUAACCAAGGAUUUCAAAGGGACCAGAACUUACAGAUGCAUAGAAGGCGGCAUAAGGUACCAUGGAAGUUGCUCAAAAGAGAAACCCCAAUUGUGAGAAAACGUGUUUUCGUUUGCCCUGAGCCUACUUGUCUCCACCAUGAUCCUUGUCACGCCUUGGGAGAUCUCGUAGGCAUUAAAAAGCACUUCCGUAGGAAACACAGCAAUCAUAAGCAAUGGGUGUGUGAGAAAUGCUCCAAAGGCUAUGCAGUUCAGUCUGACUACAAAGCUCAUCUUAAAACUUGUGGUACUCGUGGCCAUUCUUGUGAUUGUGGCCGCGUUUUUUCAAGGGUGGAAAGUUUCAUCGAGCAUCAAGAUGCUUGUAGCAUGGGCAGGCUCCGAUCUGAAUCACAAUCUUUACAUCCUCCUUGCCUUUCUCGCACAGCUUCGAGUACUCCUAGCCCAUCAAGCGACACGAAUCUCAGCACAACGCCAUGGUCCAGUACGUUACUAAAAAAAUUGUCGUCCGCGGCUGCUACUCAUCAGGCUAAUCCCAACAUCAUGAAAAGUUGUACAAAGCAACACAAUUUGGAGCUACAACUCUUGACUGCUACUACAUCAUCAACUAGCCCGGCCUUUGAUGUCUCCGUAUCAUCUAAACCGAACGAAGAUCACUCGACUUACAACCUCCAACUCUCCAUUGGCUCCUCAGAUUUCAACGAGUCAUCAGAGAACGCGAAUGAGAAGCGUAGUUCAGACACUUUGAGGCUUAAAGAUGAAGCAACGGAGCAGCUAAGGCUGGCCAUGAAAGAAAAGGUGUAUGCCGAAGAAGCAAGGCAGCAAGCGAAGAGGCAGAUCGAGUUGGCUGAGCAGGAGUUCGCCAAUGCCAAGAGGAUUAGGCAACAGGCACAAGCGGAGUUGGACAAGGCUAAUGCAUUGAAAGAACAUGCCAUCAAGCAAAUCAGCUCCACUCUUUCGCAAAUCACUUGUCAUUCUUGCAAACAGAAAUUCCAAUCGUCAACUCCAAGAGUCAAUAUUAUAGAUGAGAAUAACUCAUUGGCAUUGAGUUAUAUCUCUUCGGGUUUAACAGAAGGUCAUCAUGAAGUUGCCAAGAAUAUCAACCAAACCGAACAUCUCAAACUUUCUCAACGUUAGUUAUUCGAAUUGUAUUUCUUUUAUCUCUUUAGUUUUUUUUUUUUUUUUUUUAUGUUUGUUGAUUAUAUGAUUAUAGUUAGUAGUGUAGUGAGGGUGGUGGUGCUAGUGAAUAGUUAAUGAGGGGUUGUAUGAAGAAAAAAAAAAAAGGAGUAUUUGGUGUUAUUUGUUUUUUUAUUUAAUUCUUGCAAGGUGACUGUCAUAAUGGUGUUUUUCAGCAAGGGUAAUAAUGUGAGAUUUCUUGGUAUCAA